ACAAGCAGGGGAAGAAAAAAGAGGAAGGAAAAAAAAGAGAAAGGGAAAAGUAGCGCGGUUAUUCCCGCCUCUGCCUCCUCCUCUCUCUCCUCCCCGGCCAGCCAGGAGCCACGUCACCGUCACCCAGCGCUGCUUCGGGGCUGCUCUGCCUGGAGAGCGCUCCGGGACACAAACUCCAACUUCAGCCCAAGGCGCAGAGAGGAAGGCCCUGCGCUGGGAGAGCCAGAAUCCACCUCGGUGCGAAAGUAAACAAGGGAGACAUCCAGCCUGGCAGGGGAAAGGCAUCUGCAGCCACGGGGCAGGGGAGACUGAACUUUGUGCUGCGAGGAGGAAGGGCUCCGUGCUCAGGGAAAAAGGAAAGUUGAGCCGAAGGAAAUCUUUCAUUCAGUCGAGGCUCGGCGGAGAAAAACUUCCCGCCCUCGCCCUCCCUGCCUGCAGAAAGAGCCCCACUCCCUCCACGCCAGAGGAGUCCCCCGGCACCAUGAACAUCUUCCGCAUCCUGGGGGAUGUCUCCCACUUGUUGGCCAUCAUUAUUCUCCUGCUGAAGAUUGUGAAGUCCAAGUCCUGCGCUGGAAUCUCUGGGAAGAGCCAGAUACUUUUUGCCCUUGUCUUCACAACCCGCUAUCUGGACCUGUUCACGAAUUUCAUCUCUGUCUACAACACCGUGAUGAAGGUCAUUUUUUUGAUUUGUGCCUACGUCACCGUGUAUAUGAUCUACGUGAAAUUCCGGAAAACGUUUGACAGCGAGAACGACUCCUUCCGCCUCGAGUUCCUGCUGGUCCCUGUCACAGGCCUGUCAUUUCUGGAGAACCACAGCUUCACCCCCUUGGAGAUACUCUGGACCUUCUCCAUCUACCUGGAGUCCGUGGCUAUCCUUCCUCAGCUCUUCAUGAUCAGCAAGACAGGGGAAGCAGAGACCAUCACGACACACUACCUUUUCUUCCUGGGCCUCUACCGUGCCCUCUACAUUGCCAACUGGGUCUGGCGCUACCACACAGAGAAUUUCUACGACCAGAUCGCUGUUGUCUCCGGGGUGGUACAAACCAUCUUCUACUGCGACUUCUUCUAUCUCUACGUCACUAAAGUCCUAAAAGGAAAGAAGCUAAGCCUUCCCAUGCCUGUUUGAAGACAUCCCACAGGCAGUGCAAGAAAUUCCAAAGACAAAGCUGUUUAAGAUCACAGCUUUCCUUCUCUGGCCCGUUUUGACUAAUGGAUGGCUCAGCAGAGUUUCAACCCAGUGCCAGGAAGACAGGGCUUGGAAUGCUUUUCAUCCAUCAGACUCUUCCCCUCCAUUGUUUAAUUUCUUCUCACUUGAAUUUGGUGCUAGUGCUGGCCAAUAUUGGCCAAUACUGAAGUAGUGCAAUUUCUUGUCUCCCAGCUCUUCCCGUCAUCUACUCAAAACACACCUCCACCCUGACCCUGAGGCAGCACAAGGGAAAAUGUCACUCCCACUAGUCCUUCAGCAAGUGCCCAUGGUAAAGGGAACAUGUAACACACUUCAUUAAAGUGUGCUAACUUAACUGACCCAUUUCACAGGUUGCCAUGUCUGACACAGCAGAUGCUACAAAUUGUCACUUUAACUCUGUAUGAACUAGUACCCUCUUGAAAAUUAAUUCUGCCUGACCCUCUCUCUAUUCAGGCCCUGUAACAUUUAAGAAAAACACAUUGCCUUUGAGUAACAAGAAUCUUCUAAUUCCACAAGUAUUCAAACAUCCUCCCUACUCACUUAUUUUCAGUUUCCUUAUGUUCUACAAACAGGGACAAUUUCAAUUACAGUUCAGGCAGUUGCCAAGAAGUGUUUCCACCUCCUUGAAUUUGACUUCUAGGAACUGGGAAGAACAGGGACAAAGACAGCUUUACAUUCCAAAAAUAAAGACAAAGUUCA